UUUCCGGCCGCGUGGGACUCAGGCAUGUAGAUAGAAGCAAUAGAAGGAAGAAACAAAGGAGGAGGACGAAGAAGAAAGUAGAAAGGACAGCAGAAGAGGAGAAAGAGUCAAGCCACAAUAUUUAGCUAAGCCUCCCUUACAGAACAGCAUGAGUGGGGAGGUCAGAGCUGCUGGAUUGAUAAUUUUCCGCAGAGCCACAUCAGGAGUGGAGUACCUCCUGCUUCAGUCUUCUAGGAAGGAGGCACACUGGACACCACCCAAAGGCCAUGUGGAUCCUGGCGAAAAUGAACUGCAGGCUGCCUUUAGGGAAACGGAAGAGGAGGCAGGACUUCACGAGAAGGACAUCGGAGUAAUUGAAGGUUUUGAAAGUGUAUUGAAGUACAGAGUGAACAACAGACCCAAGACCGUGGUUUACUGGGCGGCUGAGCUGAAGAACACCACAGCAUCAGUAGUCUUGUCUGACGAGCAUGUGGAUUACCGCUGGGCUGGACUGGCAGAGGCAUGUGCUCUUGCUGCCUUCCCUGAGAUGGUGUCUUCCCUCCAGAAAUGUGAUACUUUUCUUCAAGAGUAUUUAAGCUAGUUAAUUUUAAUUAUUUAGUGAUAUUGGACUUGUUGUAAUGUAACCUUUUCACCGCAAUAUACCAUUCACACCACAAGCAGCAAUGCAAGAAAUUUCUAUAAGUAUCUACGAGGAGGGACUUGAAAGAAUAUAUUUUGCAAUUUGUAGCCAGUACAAUGUUUGGAAGUGACUGUAGAACAAGGAAAACAUCCCAAAGUUGUUAGUGAACAAGGAAAGAUGCAUCAAAUGGUACUGAAAGGAUUACAAGCCAAGGAGUCCCGAGAUGCACAGGUUUGAAUCCUGGCCACAGUUUGAGGUUAAGAAGGGCAUCCACUUGCAGUAAUAGUUCCCAAAUGCCAAGACCAAAGUCCAUCAUUAGGAGGCAGACUUGAACAAUGCCUACCACCACAAAAAGCAGUGGGACAAAACACAGCUGCUUGAGACCAACAACCUGUACCACGUUUACCAGUGAAUAGGAAGUUCUGCAUUUGAAGAGCUACUAACUAGUUAAGGGAAUAAUUGUCAGUGAGACCUGGUGUCUUGUUUUUAAGAAUCAUUUUAUUUUCAUUUCAUUUUCAUUUCAUGUUCAUUUUUGCUGCUGUAACAAAGUUAGGAACCUGUUUACAUUUUUUUUUUCUACAUGCAACCCUAGAAUAAUGUUGCUAUGACCAUCUUUGAGUUGAACAAGUAUCAAAUAAUGAUGAAAACAGUCAGUACAUUGGAUAACUAAUAAUUAAUGUGCAAGGAGUGUAUACAUCUAACAGUAUGAUUAAGAAUUCUGGCCAGGCCAGAGAGAUAGGUAGAGAUGAGCAAAGUUGUAUUAAUAUCUUUGUAAUGAUGCCAAACUUUCAGGCAGUGACUUGCCCUCCAGGUUGAGUAUUGUAAAACUGUGUUAAUGUACUUUUUGCCAUUCUUUUUUAUGAAUCUAGUCCAUGCAUACUUUACUGUUCUAAAUUUUAGCAAUCCUAAAAGUAGCAAAAUAAAAUGUGCCUUUGUUAAA